AUGAACCCUCUUCACCCACUGGAGCCUGCUGGCGAGAAUAUCUGGCUAUACGAACCCUCAAGUACGGGUGACUAUACCGCACCGGAUGGACACCCAGCACUCAUAGUUCUAUGUACCUGGCUCGGAGGUGCAACCCCUCGACGGAUAAGCAAAUAUGUGGGCUACCACCGCCAGCUAUUCCCCAAGUCCGCCAUUCUCCUUAUAACGACCGGCAUGAUCGAUAUGACGGUUCGCUCCUUCGCCGUCAUUCGGGCUCGACUACAGCCAGCAAGGGAAGCCGUUCGCCGGAUAUUGGGGCCUAAUGCAGGUUACCCAGAGAAAAACCCUAAUGGAGUGCUUUUGCACAUAUUUUCCCAUGGCGGAAGCAACAUUGCCAUCCAAUUGAUCCUCUCCAUGCAAAACCGACAACAUCCGAGCGGCAUCCAUAGACUCCCGUUGCAAGGCAUCGUCUUUGACAGCUGCCCCGGCGAUACGACCUUCAUGCGCAACUACCAAGCAAGCGUUUACUCCCUCCCCCCCGCACCUCUACCUAUCCAAUUAGUGAAUAGAGCCUUGCUCUUCCCGGCUAUAGGGCUCAUAACCGGGCUCCAGGCCGUCGGUAUUACAAGCUCGAUUAGUGCAAUGCAGAAGCAAUUGAACGACAGUUUGGUUGUUUCCGCUCGCGUUCCACGAUUAUAUCUAUUCUCGAAAGCAGAUGAGACGAUACGUUGGGAGGAAGUACAGACUCAUCUUGACGAUGCUAGAAUCCGGGGAUACAAUGUGGCAAGCGUGGUGUUCCACAAGAGCCCGCACUGUGCGUUGAUAGUUGAAGAUGAAAAGAGAUACUGGGGAGCGGUUCAACAAUUCUGGGAGCAGAUGGUGAAGGUGCAUGCUCCAGCAGACGCGGUGACUGGUGAGGCGGAGGUGGCAAUGGCGGCCCCAACAACUAUUCGGGAGAGUCGACUAUAG